GGACAAGGGAAGCACGACAAAAGCUGCCCAAAGAAACCAAACACGCGCCCGCCUAAAACACUGGCAAAACCCCCUCAAAACCCUCCGCUGACCGCGACGCUAUCUCCUCCCUCCCUCCUUUGUGUUCCCGUUUGGAAAGGCAGCUUCGUUUCGACGCAUUUCCGAGGAAUCGAUCGCCCAAUUCUGCAGUUCUAGGAUCCGAUUCCCAGCCGGGUCGAGCGCUUUGCCCAGAUCAGCCCAUCCGAUUCUGCGAAUCUCAGAAGGGGCGAGAGUUUGCGGACAUGGCUCAGUGGCACGCGGCAAUUCCCUACUCUGGCAACAGCGCCACAGUCUGUGCAUCGGACAAAGCGACACUUCUUAUUCACGACAAGAUAAGCUGCCUGAAAAGUUCAUUUGUAUCGCAAAAGUUUGGCGCUCGGUUGAGUUGCUUCCAUGGAUAUCCGAUUGGUUGGUCCCAUGGCGGUAUCACUGCUGAAUCUCGUGUUAGAAAAGGAAUUCAAGCAGUUUUGCCAAGUGAUGCAGAAAAGGGUGGAGGUAAGCGUGGAAAGUUGAACAAAGUGGUUCUGGCCUACAGUGGCGGCUUAGAUACCUCAGUUAUUGUUCCAUGGCUGAGGGAGAACUAUGGCUGUGAGGUUGUAUGCUUCACUGCUGACGUUGGCCAAGGUUUGAAGGAGCUUGAAGGUUUGGAAGAAAAGGCGAAGGCCAGUGGUGCAUGUCAGCUGGUGGUCAAGGACCUGCAGGAAGAAUUUGUGAAGGAUUACAUUUAUCCUUGCCUGCGAGCUGGUGCUAUCUACGAGCGGAAGUAUUUGUUGGGGACCUCUAUGGCCCGACCAGUCAUUGCUAAGGCCAUGGUAGAUGUUGCUAAAGAAGUUGGAGCAGAUGCUGUAUCUCAUGGAUGUACUGGAAAGGGAAAUGAUCAGGUUCGGUUUGAGCUGACGUUCUUUGCCUUGAACCCUGAACUGAAUGUUGUGGCCCCUUGGAGGGAAUGGGACAUUACGGGGAGAGAAGAUGCCAUCGAAUAUGCUAAGAAGCAUCAUGUGCCAGUUCCCGUGACAAAGAAGUCCAUCUAUAGCAGGGACAGAAACUUGUGGCACUUGAGCCAUGAGGGAGAUAUUCUGGAAGACCCUGCAAAUGAGCCAAAGAAGGAUAUGUACAUGAUGACCGUUGACCCUGAAGAUGCUCCUAAUCAACCCGAGUAUGUUGAAAUUGGGAUAGUGUCAGGGCUCCCAGUUUCCAUCGACGGCAAGAAGCUCUCUCCUGCAUCUUUGCUUUCCGAGCUAAAUGAGAUCGGGGGAAGGCACGGUAUUGGUCGCGCCGACUUGGUUGAGAACCGACUAGUCGGGAUGAAAAGCCGCGGGGUCUAUGAAACUCCUGGUGGGACCAUCCUUUUCACUGCCGUGCGCGAGCUAGAGUCUUUGACCCUGGAUCGGGAAUCCAUGCAACUCAAGGAUAGUCUGGCCCUCAAGUAUGCAGAGCUGGUGUAUGCGGGCCGAUGGUUCGAUCCUCUUCGCGAGUCGAUGGACUCCUUCAUGGAGAAGAUCACGGAGACUACGACCGGUUCAGUAGUCCUCAAGCUAUACAAAGGAUCUGUCGCGGUUACUAGUCGAAAAAGCCCCUUCAGCCUUUACAGGCAAGAUAUUUCGUCAUUCGAGAGUAGCCAAAUAUACGACCAAGCUGAUGCUGCUGGAUUUAUCCGGCUUUAUGGUCUUCCGAUUAGGGUGCGAGCAAUGCUUAACAAAGAUAUUUGAUUGGCUUUUACAGCUACUGAUGACUGGUUUAUCUUGGCUGUGAUGUUGGAUAGGCUCUGUUAAAUGUUUGGCCUUUAAUUUAGAAUUGUUGAGAUUUUGGUCUUCGAUUUAGUGUAUGUGGUAGCAUGUGGGAUGAUUAUUAACUUCUGAGUAAACUGUUUACAAAUUGCUUCA